AUGGAGUUUGGAGGAAGUCUUCCCAAGUGGAUCCGGCGCGACUGCAUCCCGGCAGGCGUCCUCGUGGCGGUUUUAUCCGGAUUCGGCGUGGCGGCUCUCUACCUGGCGUAUCUUGGUCUGACGACUCUUCACGCCGCCCCGUUGCCUGACCCAGCAAGCCUGACCCAGUUUCUCCACUCCAGCGGCCACAACGUAACGCUGUGUAGGUGCAUGGUUAGGAGCGCGUUUCAGGUCUACAUAGGCUUCUCAGGCAGCUGCGGCCAAAUUGAAGACUACCUGUACCCCGGGGUUAGCCUGACCAUCGACAAGAAGAGAGUCUACCGCCAUACUGGGGCACUCCCUGAUCCAGCAACCCUGAACCCCUUCCUCCUCUCCAGUGGUCAGAACUUAACGCUUCACCUUUGCACCGUCAGAGGCGCGUUUCAGGUCUACAUAGGGUUCUCCGAUAGCUGCAACCAAGUUGGGGACUUUCUCUACCCUGGGAUCAGCUUAACCAAGGACAAUGACCACGCCUUCAGGCAUAGCUCUGGGAUGAGCGCUCUGCUGUUUGCGGCUGCUUGGAUGAGUUUCACCUCCUGGGCCUGUAUCAUCGCAGGGCUGGUUUGUCAUUCUGCUGGACUCCUGUACCGCUGCUGUUUCCUCCGGCAGAAGGUGUAUAGCAUCGAGAUGCAGGCCCCUGCUGGAUCAGCGGUGUAG